AGCCUUCCUGCUGAUACCACAUCACAGAGUGAAUAGAAAUAUAUUGAUCAACGGAGAAGGGAGGCCCUAAGGCUCCCUGGCAAAUUCCUCUAACUCUGCGAUCUCUGGGACAGCAACCUACCAAAAUGUACCGAGCCUGCAACCUGGGUCAGAAGCCUCCGUAAUAGAACAAACGAAAUCUCAGCCAACACCGUUCGAGAUUGUUCCUGCGGCGAGCACGCGAACUGACAUGGCUAGCGGCAACCACAGCCUAGAAGGUGCACCUGCAGAGGAGGAGGUGCCUCUGAUCGACACAGGCGUUCCUGCAGCGCCAGAGGGAGACGUGGAGAUCGGCAGGCAGGAUUCUGCGAAGAGGCAGCCGCGUACAAAGCUGGGGCUGCUGCCCUUGGUGGCCCUCAUCUUCUAUGAGGUCUCUGGCGGCCCCUUCGGCACAGAAGACGCCGUCACAUCUGCGGGGCCGCUGAUUGCUCUGCUGGGUUUCCUGAUCCUGCCCUUUGUGUGGAGCGUGCCAGAGGCCCUGGUCACCGCUGAGCUGGCCACAGCCUUCCCCGAAGACAGCGGGUACGUGGCGUGGGUGACGGCUGCGUUCGGCCCCUUUUGGGGCUUCCAGGAGGGUUGGUGGAGCUGGCUGUCCGGCGUCACUGACAACAGCGUCUACCCCGUCCUCUUCCUCUCCUACCUCGACGCCGUCGUGCCAGGGUUGCUGCAGGGGUGGUCGCGCCCGUGCAGCCUCUUCGCAGUCUCCAUCCUGCUCUCCUACCUCAACUAUCGUGGCCUGACCAUUGUGGGCCGCGUGGCCAUCGGCAUGACGCUGUUCAUCGUGCUCACGUUCCUGGUGCUCAUUGGGCUGUCCAUCCCGCGGCUGCACCCCGCCAACUGGCUCAUCGUGGACCUGGGCACCGUUGAGUGGCGCCCCUUCAUCAACGUCAUGUUCUGGAACCUGAAUUACUGGGACUCUGUGAGCACGCUGGCGGGCGAGGUGGCGAGCCCCGGCAAGACCUUCCCGCGCGCGCUGCUGAUGGCGGUGGGCUUAGUCAUCUUCAUGUACGUGGCUCCCCUGGCCGCCUGCUUAGGCGUCAUGUCCGAGGCCGGUGACUGGAAAUUGGGCUUCUUCGCAACCGUCGCGCAGCGCGUCGGCGGCAACUGGCUCGCCUGGUGGAUGCUCGCGGCCGCCGCGGUGAGCCAGAUCGGGCAGUUUGAGGCGGAGAUGAGCAGCGACUCCUUCCAGCUGCUGGGCAUGGCCGAGCGCGGAUUCCUGCCGGCCUGUCUCGCGCGGCGUUCCCGGCACGGCACCCCCACCCUCGCCAUCAUACUCUCCUCCGUUGGCAUCUGCACGCUCUCCAUGUUUGACUUCCGCCAGAUUGUGGAGCUGCUGAACAUUGUGUACUGCCUGGCGGAGCUGACGGAGUUUGCCGCCUUCAUCCAUCUGCGCGUAGCUGCCCCGCACCUGCGCCGCCCCUUCCGCAUCUGCCUGCCCACCUGGGGCUGCGUCCUCAUGCUGACACCUGCCACCAUGCUGCUGCUGACUCUCAUCGUGCAGCCCAUCCUGGACCUUGACCUCAUGGUGAUGGGGUGGACAGCUGGCGCCAUAGUGGUGGGCGCAGUCAUGUACCCCACGCUGCGUCUGAUGCGCAGCAAGAAGUGGUGCCGCUUUGUGGGGCAGGACCCUCACGAGUACAAGGUGGCGCUGCGCGGGGGCAUCCCCCCAGAGCCCCAGCAUAACCAGCUUUGCGGCAGUCUACGGCGCUCUCAGCGAUGACGAGGCAGACAGCGCUGCCCAGCGGGCAGCCUUUGGGCCGCCCAACGGGCAGGCGGCUGCGCAGCCGUCUAGCGGUAUUUUAUAGCAACGCCCGCGCGCCCGCGCACUCUGAAUAUGGCUGGUCCCUUGGAUUCUAGGAAUGGUUCAUGCCAUUGGAUGCGCUGGGAUUUGCAUCAGGCAGUCAAUAAACGCUAUUUUCUGCACCUGAUCAUGACGAAGGAGUUCAAAGGAUGCAGAAGGCGUCUCCCACCACGUUUUGGAGUGGGGCCGGGGUACUAGGUCACUGUUUGUGAUCAGCAUGCAUGUUCGCAACGUUGCUGUAUUUGACGGCGUAGAUUGAGGAGGGGCAAAGUGGAGUGUGUAGGGAAUGACAAGCAUAAUGCUUAAUUUGAAUUCUCUGAUGAUUAAUCCAUGAUUCAAAAAGCCCUCAUUGGGUCAUGUUGAGAGUGAGAGAUUGUCAGGUCGCCAGCAUGCAGUCAUGGGCAUUGGCCGAAGGAUUGCCUAGACACAAGAAUUGGUGUUGUCGCAUCCAAUUGUGCCACAUAGGAGGGCGAUCUGGUGAAAUGCAUGUGUGUAAUAUUGCUUGAUUUUG